AGCUUUUCUCUUAUUGGAUUGUCUGCCCUUGCCUGGGAAGGGCUUAUUCAAAUUAACAAAUAGUUAUAAAACAUCAGGAACUCUUACUUGUUGUGGAGCUUUUUAGAGGGAACAGCUUUUUAAAAAGAAAAACCAAGCAUUUGCUGCUAUGGCGGGGAAGCCGGUCCUUCACUACUUCGACGGCCGGGGCAGGAUGGAGCCUAUCCGGUGGCUCUUGGCUGCAGCUGGAGUGGAGUUUGAAGAAAAAUUUCUGAAAACUCGGGAUGACUUGGCAAGGCUAAGAAACGAUGGGAGUUUGAUGUUCCAGCAAGUGCCCAUGGUAGAGAUUGAUGGAAUGAAGCUGGUGCAGACCAGAGCCAUUCUCAACUACAUCGCCUCCAAAUACAACCUCUAUGGGAAGGACAUGAAGGAGAGAGCCAUCAUUGACAUGUAUACUGAAGGUCUGAUGGAUCUGGAUGAAUUAGUUCUCCAUCAACCUUAUGUUCCCCGAGAGGAGAAAGAGGGAAACCUUGCCAAGAUCAAGGACAAAGCAAGGAACCGUUACUUCCCUGCCUAUGAGAAGGUGUUGAAGAGCCAUGGACAAGAUUAUCUGGUUGGCAACAGGCUGAGCAGGGCUGAUGUUUACCUGGUUGAACUUCUCUACCAUGUGGAAGAGCUGGACCCCAGCAUUAUGGCCAACUUCCCUCUGCUGAAGGCACUGAGAACCAGAGUCAGCAACCUUCCCACUGUGAAGAAGUUUCUCCAGCCUGGCAGCCAGAGGAAGCCUUUUGAGGAUGAGAAAUGCGUAGAAUCAGCAAUGAAGAUUUUCAGUUAAGUGAGGCAGAUAUGGAUGAACAGCAGCCACAAGACCAACCUUUUUCUAAAGCUUUGCAACAGUGAAGUGUUUUGAUUAAAUGUUGAUCCUGCUUAGGGUGAGGCUUACAGCUUUUCUAAGGUUUGUGCAUUAAUUCAAGUAGUCAUGACCUAUGUGGAUUUGUGGAAUGCUAUUUGGUUGUAGUCAAAAUUGAAAUCAUGGUCACUUCCUGGGAUAUUCCCUUGAAUUUCAAUAAAACAGAACAAGUUUCCUAGA